UCCACGAGACUUAUCAUAUAGAUUAUAGAUUUAGGCACCCAUUUUUACCCAAAGCGGGUAGAUAGCGUUGCCGUUAUCGACUGUUUUUCUACGAAUACACCGGCUCUGCGUUAUCAGUAAUCACCCAAAACUUAACAUUUGAAUUUUAAGUACACUGAGCAGUUUUAUUAGUUUAAACUUUAAGCACAGAAGUACAGAACCCAAUCUUAAACAUAGACUUCUAUACAAACUUAGUAUAGAAGCCUGGGUUAUUAAACCUUGCAUUUGAGAACUGACAAAAAUACAAAUUUAGUAGUUGUGGAGUUAGACUCUGAUCAUUAGUUUUUUUCCUCUUGGCUACCGUCACAAUGAAUGCAAAAUUCUGUCGGCUAGGCGCCAAUGUUCUUGCUUCAACAUAUUCAAGACUGAAGUCGACAAUCUAUGCACUCUCUUCAGGACUUGGAAAAUGUGGUGUAGCUGUUAUCCGAGUAUCUGGUCCAUGUACAUCUGAUGCUAUAUUAAAUAUGACUCAUUUAAAAUAUUUGCCAAAACCUAGAAAAGCUAGUUUGAACAAAAUUAUAGAUCCAAUUACUAAAGAACAAUUAGACAAUGGAAUAUUACUGUGGUUUCCAGGCCCCAACAGUUUCACUGGUGAAGAUUGCUGUGAAUUUCAAGUACAUGGUGGUAGGGCUGUUGUCACUUCAGUUCUUCGUGGCUUAUCUAAACUACCAAAUUUUCGACCUGCUGACCCCGGAGAAUUUACCAAGCGUUCAUUUUAUAAUAACAAAAUGGAUUUAACUGAAGUAGAAGGUUUGGCUGAUCUUAUAGAAGCUGACACUGAACUUCAAAGAAAGCAAGCACUGAUGCAGUUGGAAGGUUCUUUGAGACAGCUCUAUGAUACUUGGAGACAAUAUCUUUUAGAAAAUUUAGCCUAUGUCGAAGCUUAUAUAGAUUUCAGUGAAACAGAUAAUAUCGAAGACCUAGUGUUAGAAAAUGUUAAAGAAAACCUAGAAAAACUAGCUAAAGAGAUUGAGAUGCAUUUAAUGGACAACAGGUCAGGUGAACUUUUACGCGAUGGAGUCAAAGUGGCAAUAAUCGGAGCACCAAAUACUGGAAAGAGUAGCCUCUUAAAUUCUUUGUGUAGCAGAGAAGCAGCUAUAGUAACAGAAUUGCCUGGCACAACUAGAGAUCCAAUUCAGGUUCCCUUAGAUGUGUCUGGUUAUUCUGUACUUAUGAUAGACACUGCAGGAAUUCGUUCACAAACUGCAGAUUUGAUUGAAGACUUGGGAAUAAAGAAAUCUAAAGUUCAAGCUCAAAGCGCCGAUAUGGUGAUUCUGGUAAUUGAUGCUCAAUAUCUCCUCAAUGUAGACAACAUGGAUUUGUGGCUUCAAAAACAUAUAGAAAAUUUGAAAGUGUGGUGUGAUAAAUGUCUAGUAUAUGUGAAUAAAAUUGAUACUGUGUCAGACGACCAAGUUGAUAGACUUAAAAAGGUAUCACAAAAUUCUAAUUGGACCAUCUGUUAUGGUUCAUGUAAAGUUAACGAAGGUUUGAUGGAUAUGAUGAAAAAUUUUGAAAAUUAUUUGCAAAAAUUAUGUGGAAAUCCGAAUUUCGAACAUCCUCGAUGUAGUCAAGCAAGACACAGAUAUUGUCUCUUAAAAGCAUUGAAUAAUGUUCAGACAUAUCUUGAAAUUUCUAAGUCAGACGAAAACAUUGAUGUUGCUGCACAACAUUUACGUCAAGCAACAUUACAAGUAGGGAAAAUUACAGGACAUGUAUCGACCGAGGAAGUACUCAACGUAAUAUUUUCAAAAUUUUGUAUUGGUACUAUAUUGAAAUAUUAUUUAAAUGUUGUGACUUCUCAAAUUCUCCCUGAAAACAAGAGCAAUCAAGGUGUCGGAUAUUCGAGUGUCAGGUAAACAUAUUUAUAUUAAUUAAAUUAGUAAAUUUUAAUAAAAGUUGAAUGUAAAAUUAUUUUGUAUACAAUACACUAAUAUAAUAUAGUAUUUUAUUGAAUUUUUGAAUAAUUGUUGACACAAAUUUAUUUAUAAUAAAACUUGAUAGUGUCGGGCAAAUGUAUUGUCAGACAAAUGGUGUCAGAAAAGUGUGUUGAUCCAACUACAGGCUAACUCCUCUCCUCACUUCACCAUAUCUUGUACUACUUAAGGAUAGGGUACCGUUUAUUAUUAGACAACUCAAAUUAACAAACUAUGUUGUCACCUACUUGUUAUAAUGUUAUUGAAGAAAUGCAUUUUAUUGUAAAUUGUGAUAUCAUAUUUUAACUGUUUUAAUAUUUGAUAUCUUGUUGGAUAUGAAUAUGUCUUAUGAAUUUCUAAAAUUUUAAAAUUAAAAUCACUAAUAUUGAAGGUAACAACUAUAGCAUUAUAUAUGCAUGAAACCAGAGUACAGGUGUUUUUAUAUCUGUUGCAAUCACGGACGAAGAUAGUACAUUUUAGUCCGUGGUUGCAAUUAUACAUAAACAUCAUUAGAAUUAAAAACUAGGUUAGGAAACAUUUAUGUAAUUUAUAGCAAAAUGUAUCAUUAUUAAUCGUUUUAUUUUUUUGGUUAUACGCUAAAAGUUAUACCUAAUAAAUAAAAAAUACUGAAUAAAUCUAAAAACUAAAAAAAAUCUUAUGGAUAUAGAGAAUGGCCAAAACAAUUGGAAUUUGAGGAUCCUGUAUAUAACCUAAUGAUUAGGUCCUAAAACCUUCUCACCUGCUCAAGACAGGAAUUUUAAUUUUAAGUUUUUGACUAUUAUUUAAUAAAUUUUAAUAGUUAGACAUAAAUUCAAUUGAUUUCAAGAUACAAAGUGUAUUCACAAAAUAUCAUAUUAUUAAUUUUGUUCAAUUUAUGGCAUUUAUUGAUGCCUUGAUGGCAUUUUACUUACAUUUCCUUAAAACCUUUCUGUUGUCUAUUAUCUCACUCAUUCAUCUCCGGAGUCUCCGGUGUUAGUGUUUCUUUUUCAAUUUUCAUAGACAAAUCAUUUAUAUAGUAGUGUCAUUUUACGUACAUUGGAAAUACAUUUUUUUUACAGGUAUAUUAAUUAGGUAGGGUUAGGUAUACAGCAUAACCAAUUUUAUUUAAAUAAAUAAAAACAAUUUAACUAGUAUUUUAUUACAGUGGCUUUUUUAGAUUUUCACUUCUGUACUUUCCCAUUUACUUUUACGUCUUUUUAAACUUUUAAGGUUGAAAAUGAACUCUCACUAGUUACGCUAUAGUAUAGUUAUACGUAUAGUGUUGAAGUAUUCUAUAUUUUCCGGAGUAGCGUGUAAUAAAUAAUAUUAAAUAGAAUACAAAAGUAGCGAGCUUAUAUUAUUAUAAUAUUAAAUUUACCUAUAAUAUUAUAUAGCAUGCAACAUUAAAAACCCAUGAGGUUGUUGAAUAUUAUCCCCCGGCGCUCACUCACACACUCUGAUUACGCCAAUGCUGAUAAUAAUAUAGGUACAUAUAAAUAAUAAUAAACUAUUGAAAAGAUUUGAUCUCAUCUGCUAUUUUCUUUAUCUAUUUAUAUUACAUAUUCUGAUUUAAAUUAAUAACACAAUAAGUAAUAAUAACAAUUAAAAAAAUAUGAGAUUUAUUGGUCGACACGUUUGGCGUGGUGCCGUGGUCCGUCGUACAUCGAUGUAAAUUACGUAGCGGUGAUCGAGUGCAGCGUGUAUAAUAUAAUACACUAUAUACAGAGACUCCGAUUUCAUUAGUCGCUGAACGUGACGAAUGGUAACUUUUUAUAUUUAUAUUGUUGUUUUUAACAGAUUUUAUGAACGAGUCGUCGUUAAAAAUUUCUGUUCUAAAUAGGGUCGUCAGAUCGCAGCGUACUCUUGGCGAGGGCGAAUGAUAUAAUAUCGGAGUGCAGUAGCUCGUCGCGUGCCUCGAAAACCCCAAAGAUCAAAGUG